AUGCCGCCAAACGGCCGCCAACGAGAUGAUACAAUACCCAUAGCGGUAGUUGGAAUGAGCUUCAGAGGUCCAGGGGAUGCCACAGAUGCAGAGGGCCUUUUACGCAUGGUGGCUGAAGGACGCGAAAGUCGGUCCCCAAUUCCAAGGGAAAAAUGGAACCAUGAAGCAUUCUACCACCCUGAUUCAAGUCGACAUGGAGCUCACAACGUCGAAUAUGGACAUUGGUUCCAGCAAGAUGUGUAUGAGUUCGAUGCGCCCUUUUUCAAUAUAUCAGCACCAGAGGCAGCUGCACUCGAUCCUCAACAGCGCAUGCUGCUGGAAUGCUCAUAUGAAGCAUUCGAAAAUUCGGGUACACCGAUGUCCCGGGUCAUUGGCACAGACACAUCUGUCUUCGCAGCUUGUUUUGCGACAGAUUAUACAGACAUGCUUUGGAGGGACCCGGAGACGGUGCCUACAUACCAGUGCACAAAUUCUGGAUUCACGCGAGCAAAUAUGGCAAAUCGCAUAUCCUUCUCUUUUGAUCUGAAAGGAGCGAGUGUCACUGUUGACACGGCAUGCUCUGGGGGGUUGACUGCUUUGCAUCUGGCAUGUCAGAGCUUGUUGACAGGGGACUCGAGACAGGCAAUUGCAGCUGGAUCGAGUCUCAUUCUAGGCCCCGAAGUCAUGAUCACAAUGAGCAUGAUGAAGUUUUUGUCGCCUGAUGGAAGAUGCUACGCUUUUGACGAGCGGGCGAACGGUUAUGCAAGAGGAGAGGGUGUCGCCGUAUUACUUUUGAAGCGACUCGAUGAUGCCCUCGCUGACGGUGACACCAUCCGAGCAAUAAUCCGCGGCACAGGGUGCAAUCAAGAUGGAAAGACGCCGGGCAUCACCAUGCCAAAUGGCGCUUCCCAAGAGGCUUUAAUCCGAUCAGUCUAUCAGAAGAAUGGACUGGAUCCGUUGGAGACAUCAUACGUUGAAUGCCAUGGGACAGGAACCCAAGCCGGUGACACAACCGAGACAGGAGCUUUACAAAGAGUGUUUUGUUCAGAUCGCCAGCUCAACAAUCCGCUCGUUAUAGGGUCCAUCAAAACAAAUAUCGGCCACCUUGAAGGGGCCAGUGGACUUGCCGGUAUCAUCAAGUCAAUUUUAAUGCUGGAGAACGGGAUAAUUCUCCCACAUCGCAAUUUCGAAACUGCGAACCCGCGGAUUCCGCUGAGGGAGUGGGCGCUCCGUGUUCCAACCGCCAUCGAGCCCUGGACUUGCUCUGCGCCUCGGCGGGCGUCUGUAAAUAGCUUCGGAUACGGCGGAGCAAACGUUCAUGCAAUACUUGAAAGUGCCCAUGACUACUUGCGAGCGCGUGGAUUUGACCCUAGUCAUUCCACUCGAAGUUCUGCAAUAAGCGUCAAGGUAGUCCAGGCAGCCCUUGAUCGUGCACUAUCCAAUGGUCAAUCCAGAGCCAGCGUCAACGGUCAGAAUGGCCACGUCAACGGAUAUUCAAAUGGUCAUACAAAUGGAGGUGCACUCACUAAUGGUCACGCCAAUGGUCACAACCAGAAUGGUCUCAGCACAACACAGACCGAAGAAUAUUCCCAUUUCAGUAACGCGAAUGGGCGGGCAGCGAACUCAAAUGGCCACACGAAGUCACAGAAACGACUCUUUGCGCUUUCAGCUUUCGAUCCAAAAGCCGGAGAGGCCUGGGCAGUCAAGCUCGCGGAUUAUGUUCGUCAAAGGCCAGGUGUUGAUGAGGCCAAGUUUCUCGAUAGUCUCUCGUUCACUUUGAGUAACAGGAGAACCAUUCACUCAUGGAAAUCUGUCAUCACAGCAGAGUCCCGGCAAGAUUUAAUUUCACAACUCGAGGGAUCACAGUUUGUGAACGUUUCUCCGAAAACAAAACUUGGCCUGGUAUUCACUGGCCAGGGGGCACAAUGGUGCGGGAUGGGAAAGGAGCUCAUCCAUGCAUUUCCGAACUUCCGAAAGAGUCUUGAACAGUGCGACUCAGCUCUUUUGCGUCUUGGAGCCUCAUUUGGUGUUAUAGAUGAGCUUCAAAAGGAGUAUGAGGAUUCACAAAUCAACAAAGCACAAUAUAGUCAGCCUCUUUGCACGGCUUUGCAAAUCGCAUUGUUGAAAUUGCUCGAUUCUUGGGGUAUUCAUCCCGAUUCUGUCACUGGACACUCGAGCGGAGAAAUUGCGGCAGCUUACUGCGCCGGAGCACUGAGCCUCGAAGAUGCCAUGCUCGUGGCAUACGCACGAGGAAGUGCAACAGUUGAGCUUGCAGAAAAGGGAGUCGACGGUGCUAUGGCCGCAGUGAGCAUGACACGGGAAGAGCUGAGCCCUCUUCUCUCGAACUUGCAGAGAGGAAAAGCUUCAAUAGCAUGUUCAAACAGCCCGUCAAGCUUUACCGUUUCUGGAGACAAAGCUGCCGUCGAUGAACUGCAGCAAGUGCUUCGAGCGCAAGGCGUCUAUAACCGGAGACUUGUGGUUGGGGUGGCUUACCAUUCACACCAUAUGACGCUUGUCGCUGACAGCUAUCGAGCCGCGAUUGACACCGUUGAAGCGAAAGAAGGAACAAACAUCAAGUUCUUCUCCUCUGUCACAGGCAAAAUGAUGGAUAAAUCGAAGUUGGGUCCAGAGUACUGGGUCAGCAAUCUGGUGAGCGAAGUGAGGUUUGCUCAGUCGCUCCGCCAACUAGCGGUGCACGAGGAUCCCAAUGGCACAGGACGAGUACAAACCCUGAUCGAGGUAGGUCCUCACGCAGCGCUGGCAGGUCCAAUCAGGCAGAUUCUUCAGGCAGACGACGACCAGACAAACUCAUCAAUAGAAUGUCUGUCCGUUCUCAUUCGGAAGAAAGAUGCUGUAGCCACAGCACUGAGCGUGGCAUCCAGCCUUUUUGUGUCUGGGUAUGCGAUCCAACUAUCAGCCGUGAAUAUGAUCAGCAAUUCCAGGAUCCCCCCGCUGAUAGACCUUCCCUGUUAUGCUUGGAAUCACACUAAAUCAUAUACUGCUGAGUCACGAAUCAGCAAGGCUCACCGUCAGCGUCAGAGCCCUAGAACUGAUCUGCUGGGCGUGUUGGAUGCCCAUUCAAGCACACUGGAGCCACGAUGGCGGCAAAUCAUCCGUUUAUCGGAGCUUCCAUGGCUGCGAGAUCACAGCAUCCAGUCUGCCAUUGUAUACCCAGCGGCCGGGUACAUAACGAUGGCAAUGGAAGCAGCCAAGCAGCGAGUAUUCUGGGGAGCACCAAAUGCAGAGAUUUUGGGAUACCAGUUCCGGGAGAUUACGAUCAGCUCUGCUCUCUUGAUCCCAGAGACACCGGGUGAGGUUGAGGUGAUCAUCACACUCAAAGCAUUUGCCGAGAGUGUUCGAUCGCCAUCGAAUCUAUGGGAUGAGUUUUCUGUUUCUUCUGUGUCAAGUGAAAACCGAUGGACAGAACACUGUCGUGGAUUGAUUGCGGUACAAACUCCUGCAAAGACGACGAAUCUCGUAAAUGGGCCAGCGCACGAAGAAUCCAUGACAUUCCACAACCAAGAUCUGGUCGCAGACUUUGAAACUUCAUGCAGGAAACCAGUGGAGACAGCCGCACUCUACUCCAGUCUGAGAGAAGUAGGGAUGCAAUAUGGCCCGUCAUUUGCAAACAUGCAGCAAGUCCGCUCUGCGCCUGGUCGAUGUAUCAGCGAGGUUCAGAUUCCGAACACGCGGGCCGUCAUGCCAAUGCAAUAUGAGAGGACUUCAGUGGUGCACCCGGCCACUCUGGAUAGUAUUUUCCAGACUUAUCUCCCAGCACUGGCAGAUCAAAUGGGUCAUCUGGAUCGUCCUGUGGUUCCGGUGGGAAUAGAAAACAUGUUUAUCUCGAAUGAGUUCUCCAGACAACCAGGCGAUACGCUUGCCUCAUACACCUCGACGACUCGCAAGGACAACCGAUAUUUCUCAGCAGAGAUGAAGAUCUUUGAGGGUACUUUUGAGACCGGAAAACGACCAGUGAUUCAUCUGGAGGAAAUGACAAUGGCAGCUCUGGACCGAGACCCCGCAGAUGAGAAGAGCCAACCUCCGUCUCGUGCGUAUCGCAUGAAGUGGGCUCCCGAUGUAGAGCUGUUGAGUGCUUCACAGAUCGUGGAUGUUGUUCGCCAAUCGAGUGUUUGCGAGUUCGCGAGGGAUCUCAAACAGGAACUUGUUGGCAGCAGCCAAGGUCUGCCCGAGAACAUGCAGGUUGUGGCAGCAUACCUUCAUCUCCUAGCCCACAAGAACCCUGUUCAGCGGGUUCUUAUGACAGGCCCUCAAUCUGGGGUGGUAGUGGUGGGCUUAUUAUCUCUGCUUUCAGGCGAAGAUUUCGCUCCGUUCAAGCUUCAUUGCACGGAUCUAAGUGGUGAUGUGCAACAAGGGAUAGAAGCGCGAUUCCCUGACUGGGUAGAUUCAAUCACCCAUGGGGAUAUUGAAAUGGAGAUUGGAGAGCCAUACGACGUUGUGGUAUCAUAUAACGCUCCUGGCGCCAAGUCGGAUAUUUCGCAAACACUGUCGUCAAUGUCGCAAAUCGUAUUGCCCGGGGGCAAAUUGAUAGUACUUGACGACGGUGUCGGGAAGUCCAAUGGUCAUUCUGACACCAACGGACAUACCCUAGAUCUCAAAUCGAUGUCGGCACUGAAUAGCCAUAUCCAGAAGCUGGAAUUCAACAAAUGCCAGGUAUUCUGCGAUGGCGCCGCGGUAUUUCAAAAGUCAAUGCAGCCAACACGGAGGACCAACGUGACAGAAGUCCUCAUCAUCGUUCCGGAUGAGCUCUCGCCAGACAUCGACGUGUUGCAUUUGCAGAGUCUCUUCCAAAAGCUUGAUAUCGCAGCUGAUGUGGCACCGUUGAAGAUCGCAGACCCCAACCCAACACAAUUCUGCAUCAUGCUCACGGACCUGUCAAAGUCUUCGCUGGCAACGCCCACCGAGCUUGAGUGGGCUUCCAUCAAGAGAAUAUCCCAUGGUGGCGCUGGCAUUUUAUGGAUCACUCGCGGAGCUGGAGGAGAUACUUGCACAAACCCCGAAGCUUCCCUUGUGCAAGGCUUUGCGCGUACCAUUCGUUCUGAGACAGGUGAUCGACCAGUCGUGACUCUGGACUUGGAUGGGAAAUAUCCUCUCGGGGCAGAUGAUACUGCUGAAUUCAUCGUCUAUGCAGUAAAUCAUCUUCAGCUAAGCACCAGUAGCUGUGAUACUAUUGAGCAAGAGUUUAUUGAACGACGCGGCGCUCUUCAUAUACCACGACUCAUUGAGGACGUCCAAGUCAGCAAGAAGAUCCAAACAGACAAUGGAUCACAGCCGGCUCAGCCAAAACCCUCGCUGCGGCGCCUGGAAGAACUGGGCUCUUCCCGUCUCUUCGUGGAGACGCCUGGUCUUCUAGACACACUACACUUCGCGCCAGACGACCGCACAUAUCCACCACUGCAGCCCGGGGAAAUAGAGCUUGACGUCAAAGCAGCCGGUAUCAACUUCAAAGAUGUAAUGAUGGCCAUGGGCCAGAUCCCAGUCGAAGAUCUGGGCUGCGAAAGCAGCGGAGUGAUCUCAGCAAUAGGCGAAAAUGUCAAGAAUGACCCUCACAGUCUUCGACCCGGUGAUCGGGUUAUGUGUCUGAGCACCGGAUCAUUCUGCACGAAGCUACGAAUUGAUGCAAGAUUAGCAGAACGCAUUCCUGAUUCCAUGGCAUUUGACACUGCAGCGGCUAUCCCCAUCACCCAUGUGACAGCGUAUCACUCUCUGCAUAAUAUUGCGCGCCUGCGCAAAGGCGAGAAGAUUUUGAUCCACGCCGCAACGGGCGGCUUGGGCCAGGCACUUGUUGAGAUGAGCCAGCUGGUUGGGGCAGAGGUUUUCGUCACAGUCGGAAGUGCAGAGAAGAAGACUUUCAUCAUUGAUCGAUUCGGUAUACCCGAGCAGCGCAUCUUGUAUAGCCGGGAUACGAGCUUCGCUCAAUCUGUGAUGUAUCAAACAGCCGGGCGUGGCGUGGACGUUAUUGUGAACUCACUGGCCGGUGAGGCAUUGCGACAGUCUUGGACUUGCAUUGCGCCGAAUGGACGAUUCGUCGAGCUAGGCCAGCGGGAUAUCACUAUCAACACACGAUUGGACAUGAAGCCUUUUGCCCGUAAUGCCUCUUUCACUGCAUUCAAUUUGGCUUUCACCAUGAAGCAUGACCCCCAGGCAGCGCGGGAUGUCUUGAUCAAGGUCUUAGAACUUUUCGCGAAUGGUUCAUUGCGAGGCCCGGAUCCGCUUGAAACAUACGCUUUCUCGGAUUUGCAGCAAGCUUUCCGUAAAAUGCAGACAGGUCGUCACAUGGGUAAACUGGUCGCCGUUGCGAAUCCAGAUGAUAUGGUCAAGUAUGUUGAAUCCACCACCGAUGGCCCACUACUGCGCCCCGACGCAAGCUACCUGCUAGUCGGCGGCCUCGGUGGUAUCGGGCGAGCAACAGCUCUAUGGAUGGCCUCCCGCGGAGCCAAACAUCUCAUCUUCCUCAAUCGAUCAGGUCUGAACGACGCAGCCCAAGAUACAGUCUCUGCCCUCCAAGCUGCAGGCUGCACGGCCAGCGUCCUCGCAUGCGAUGUCGCAGAUCCAGCUCAACUCACAUCCACCUUGGAGACAGCCAGACAACAAUUACCACCCAUCCGCGGCGUAAUCCAAGGCGCAAUGGUUUUGCGUGAUUGCAUGCUAGACAAAAUGUCCCUAGAGGACUACCUAGCCGUCCUACGACCCAAACUCCACGGAACUCGAAACCUGCACACCCACUUACCGGACCUAGAUUUCUUCGUCAUGGAAUCAUCCAUCAGCGGUAUAAUCGGCAACACAGCACAAGCCGCCUACGCAGCGGCAAAUACAUUCCUGGACGCAUUCGCACGAUACAGACGAUCCACCGGGCACCCCGCAAGCACGAUCGAUAUCGGCGCCGUAUCGGGUGUCGGGUAUUUGGCGCAGAAUGAAGAUCUGCAGCUCGCCAUGCAGAGACAGGGUUUCGAGUUCACUAACGAAGUCGGUAUCAUGCGACUUCUUGAGUUCGCUAUCAGGAAUCCGACCCGUGAUGUCGAGCAUGCUCAUAUCAUUACGGGAUUGGGGGCUUGGAAUCCGGAUACUUCGCUGCAGGCGCUGCGGGCGCCGAUGUUUUCGCGAUAUCGGAUGCUUUCUUCUUGUUUUGUGGAGGGGCCACAGCGUGAAGAUACGCUGUCUCAGGCGCUGAAGAGGUCGAAGGAUGUUGGCGGUGCUGUUGGUGUGAUUGUUGCCGCUUUGGUGAAUCAGAUUGUGGCUCAUACUGGGGUACCAGUUGAGAAUGUCAGUACAGUCAAGAGCUUGCAGGAUUAUGGGAUUGAUUCGCUUGCUGCUGUGGAGCUGAAGAAUUGGAUUUCGAAGGAGAUGGAGAGUGUUGUGCCUAUAUUUGAGCUGAUGUCUGCUGAGUCGCUUGAUGUGUUGGCAGCGAAGAUCGCGAGCCGGAGCAGGUUGGUUGUGAGCUCAAAUGGGGCGUGA